UUUAGUUGGAUAUGGUGCUUGUAAACUGUAAAAUAUUUUCCCUUCAGUUCCAGCUCUCCCUCUUCCUUAUCCUUCAACCCAUCAACCCAUUGAAACAAAAAAAGUUGUUACCUUUGUUGGUCCAACCAUGGUGUCUGCACUUUCUUUCUCCAAUUUAACACUGCCCAGAAGAUCAUUUUCAACUACAGCGUGGAACCCAAGAGCCAUGGCCAAGGAGCUUUACUUCAACCAUGAUGGUUCAGCCACAAAGAAACUUCAGGCAGGGGUGGACAUGGUGGCGGAACUGGUUGGUGUGACUUUAGGACCAAAAGGAAGGAAUGUUGUGUUGCAGAACAAGUAUGGGCCUCCCAAGAUUGUUAACGAUGGCGAGACUGUGCUCAAAGAGAUUGAGCUGGAGGAUCCAUUGGAGAAUGUUGGGGUGAAAUUGGUUAGACAAGCUGGCGCAAAAACGAAUCACCUUGCUGGUGAUGGUUCCACUACAUCUGUUAUACUUGCACGAGGUCUAAUUGCUGAGGGUGUGAAGGUAAUUGCAGCAGGAAUGAACCCCAUUCAAAUUUCUCGUGGGAUUGAGAAGACUGCAAUGGCCCUUGUUUCUGAACUCAAAUUGAUGUCGAGAGAGGUUGAGGAUCAUGAGCUUGCACAUGUUGCUGCAGUUAGUGCUGGGAAUGAUUAUACAGUGGGCAACAUGAUUUCUGAUGCUAUUCGACAGGUAGGAAGGAGGGGUGUGAUCACAAUUGAGAAAGGGAAAUGUGCUGAAAAUAGUCUGCAGAUUGUAGAAGGAAUGCAAUUCGAUCGUGGAUACUUGUCCCCUUACUUUGUUACUGAUCGACAAAAGAUGAUGGUGGAGUUCCAUGAUUGCAAGUUACUUUUGGUCGACAAAAAAAUCACGAACCCGAAGGAGAUGUUUAAAAUAUUGGACAAUGCAGUUAAGGAGAAGUAUCCAAUUGUGAUAGUUGCAGAGGGCAUUGAGCAAGAAGCUCUGGCUCCGGUAAUUAGAAACAAACUCAGGGGUGUGCUGAAGGCAGCUGCUAUUAAGGCUCCUGCCUUUGGUGAGCGGAAGAGCCACUACUUAGAUGACCUUGCUAUCUUGACUGGAGGCACUGUAAUUAGCGAUGAGAUGGGAUUGACCCUGGAAAAGGCUGGCAAGGAGGUCUUGGGCACUGCUACUAAGGUGGUCAUAACUAAGGAUUCUACGUUAAUAGUUACAGAUGGGAGCACUCAACCAGCUGUUGAGAAGAGGGUUUCUCAGAUUCGGGGGCUUGUUGAGAACACUGAAGAAAAUUUCCAAAAGAAGAUACUGAAUGAAAGAAUAGCAAGGUUAUCAGGAGGAAUUGCUAUUCUUCAGGUCGGAGCUCAAACACAAGUUGAGCUGAAAGAUAAACAAUUGAGGAUUGAAGAUGCUGUGAAUGCAACUAAGGCAGCUAUUGAGGAAGGUGUUGUAGUUGGUGGUGGCUGUAGCCUUUUGCGACUAUCUUUAAAAGUGGAUGGCAUCAAAGAACUUUUGGACAAUGAAGAGCAGAAAAUUGGAGCUGAGAUCUUCAAAAGAGCUUUGACCUAUCCUGCAAGACUGAUUGCCAAAAAUGCAGGUGUUAAUGACAGUGUUGUAAUAGAGAAGGUUUUAUCUAAUGAUGAUUUUCGAUAUGGUUAUAAUGCUGCAAUAGACUGUUAUGAGGAUUUGAUGGCUGCUGGAAUUAUGGAUCCAUCAAAGGUGGUUAGAUGUUGUCUAGAGCAUGCUGCUUCGGUUGCCAAAACCUUUUUGACAUCAGACGCUGUUGUUGUUGACAUUAAGGAAUUAGACCUCAUUCCAAGGAGAAAACCGAUGCCACCAAUGUCACCAAUGCCACCAGUAUCACCAUUGCCAUCCCCAGGUAACUCAGCCAUUUCAAGGAGAAAACCAAUGCCACGGAUGCCACUAUUACCACCACUGCCAACCUCAGGUAUUCGACCAAUUGGGCUUUAGUUCAGUGGAGGGAGUUAUCCAGCUCUAUUGACCUUGCUGUUCAAACCCUGAUUUGUCCACUCUUUCAAAGGAUAAUGGGAUUUUGCAGUUUGAAACAUGUGGCUUAGCUAGAACUCCAACUUUUAUUUAUCAAGUGGUGCUGAUAAUUGAUGCAAUACUUGCCAAUAUAUAGCUGCUUAAAAUUUGGUCCCUUCACGUCAAAUUGAUGGUUUCCUAAUUGAAGAGAUGAGCAAGACUCUGGUAAAGAAGGCAUGCUGCAAGAUGAGUUGGGUGCGUAAUUUAAGUCACUUCGAAAAAAGAGACGCUUCUGCAACAUCUCAAAGAUAAUCUAUUCAGACGGUAGAGGGCAGAUUUCCCUUGUGGUAAGGCAGAAACACAUCAAAAGGCCUCUACAAGAGGAGAGAUUACCAUCAUCUUCAAGUGUGUGCUAGUGCUACUAUAUGUGAUGAAUUGGAAAAAAUGCUUUGGCAGUCUCUUAUGCUUACUGUAACCUGUUAUGUAGUUUUCUUGGUAUAGCGGGUUAAUCUUAAGCUUUUCUUUUAUGAUCA